AUGCUUGAGCCUUUUGGACCGAAUGUUGUUUCCACCAAUGGCGAUGCUGUACAUCGAACCGUCUGGGCAGAGACAUUGCAACAAACCCAAACACUGGCCAAACGCUGGGCAGCCCAUUCAGGGGGCGGCUCCCUCCGGGAUGGGGUGUACAAUUUGACAGUCAAUGUCAUGUCCGAGGCAGGUUUUGGGCAGUCCUGUCAAAAUGGAACCGAGAGCUUGGUCUCUCCACCACCCGGUCAUAGUCUAUCGCUUGUUCAAUCGCUCUUCGAGGUCGUCACCAAUCUGCCUAUAUUUGUGCUGCUCCCUGCUUGGCUAAUCCGGAUAUGUGCACAAAAGGUUUAUACAGCGUAUAAUGAGCUAGAGUUAUACAUGAACGAGCUUCUGGACCAAGGAAAUGCCGCCAUGGAUGGUCGGAAUGAAAUCAAAUCGACCAAAACAAAGGGGAACUUGCUUACUGCUCUUCUUGAGGCCAAUAGUCAACAGCCUGUUGAAACCCGAGACUUAGUAACAGGCCCCGGAGGCCGCACUCAAUUGACGGAUGUUGAAGUGAAAGGGAAUGUUUCUCAUCUUCCUGUUGGCAGGUUCGUAAUCGCCAUUCAUGAUCCUAUACAGAGAUACGAUACCACAGCCAAUACAAUAAUAUUUUCAUCCAUCGUCCUGACUCUAUAUGACUCCAUCCAAGAUUCCGUCAUUGCCGAAAUUCGCCAGGUGUAUCGUGAGGCCGCAGAGGCCGGACGAUCGGAAUUAUCCUAUGAUGAGGAUUUGCCUAAAUUCCGCUAUCUCCUGGCAUUCAAGGUAAGAUGGACCAAAAUAGCGCUCGAGAACGAGGCGAGCGCCCAGCUGAUCCUGAUCCAUGCUCCGCAGUACGAGGUGAUGAGGGUCUUUCCCAUCGUCAUUCCUAUCACCCGCUUAGCCGUCACUGACCAGGACCUUGUUGUCAAUAGUAGCAAACAUAUCCUGUCAGCCCAAACGCUCACUAUCGUCGAUAACACAGCCAUCCAUCAUAACGAAGCCAAUUGGCCACAUCCUCACAUAAUCGAACCUCGACGUUGGCUAACGUCCAGUCUGAACACCUUUGACCCUACUACCUCGUUAAACCACGAGCAAGAGGCAGAUCUUUUCAAUCCCUCGGCCACCCCCAUUCGACCAAUGGCAUCUCAUCGCCGUGGAACAUUCAUGACGUUCAAAUGA